AGUCUGGAAGCGGAUUAGGAGUGCCAGCCGAUCGACGGCCGAGACGGCCUCUGCUCUCUGGAGGCCCAUUCUCUAGCCAUCGCCAACUCUAGAUAGAUAUAUAUAAGGAGUAUCCUGCGAGCAUCCUAAAAUUAAGAGUCUGUUAAACAGAUAUAUGACCCAAGACACAUCUUCAGACGAGGCUUCUGUUGUUAUGGCUGGUAGUAUACUUCAGAUUUCAGUGAUGGUUAUAAGUAACAAAUUCUCAGUUUUGGGACCAGACACCCAAGAGGAAAGGCUCAGAGGACCUGGAAUAUUCUUAUUGGAGAUUGCCAUAUCAGUUAUGGAUGUUAAAAUGCAUGGUUUGUUUGUUGAUGCUGCUAUCAUUGGCAUAAUGACUCCUCCAUUAGCAGAGCUCCAGGUGAUUCCUUAUAUAAUUACCCUGCCACUUGCAAAUGGAUUCUAUAGAAGUUCUUCAAAUGGUCUAAAAGGUUUUGAGUAAUUGUUGGGUACAUGAUUUCCAAAAUAGUUUAAGCAUAGAAACUAUAUGUAUUCUUACAGUCAGUACAUCCAAAGUUUAUCUGUUGGUUUAUUCUUUGUUGGCUGGCCUGAUCCGACCUGACUUCAAGAUCCGACACCAGAUUUUAAUACACAGUUUUGCUGCUUGUUCUUUUUCCAUUGAAUAAUAGAAACUUUGUGAAGUUAUUCUGGUAUUUGAAUUCAGCUGCUUUCAUUGUUGGACAGUCAAGUCUAACUUACUGCUGUGCAGUCAAUACAGGAGAUGUUGUUGUGAUCUUAGCUUUUCAUUGUGUUUUGCAAUAAUAUAAUUUGCAGCUUAUUGCAUUAUAAACCACAGCACAAAUUGAUGCUUUUGUAGGUGUGAGUAUUAUCUUUGUCUUUAUUUUGUUAUCUUCUUGACUAAAUUUAUGUCAUCUUGUUAGACUUUCAGUAGGUAGAAGCAAGUCCUUAGUGGGGGCCUUUUUGUCAAGAGUUAUAACGCAGCCUGCAGUGUUUUCAA